AUGGUAGAUGAUAACUCAAUUGUUAUUAAAGCCGGUCGCCAUCUACUUCAAGAGCUAGUUACUCAAAGCUUUGUUCCCAACGACUGGCCCAACCAUUCUGGCAAGUCAAUAUACUUAAAGCAAGUGGCCCUUAUUACAUAUUUAGCUCAUAUCGGAAGCUAUGUUCCUGCGACAUCUGCAACCAUUGGAAUUACCGAUAAGAUUCUCACUCGAUUACCGACUCAGGAGAGCAGCACUGUGAAUGAGAGCUCCUUCGCCAUCGAUUUGAGACAAGUGAACCAAGUUAUCUGCCACCAAACCUCACGAAGCCUAAUAAUAGUUGAUGAAUUCGGAAAAGGAACAAACAAUGACGAUGGUGCUGGAUUGAUGUCGGCACUCUUGGUCUUCUUACAAAGGCUUGGGAACAGGGCUCCGCGCUCGAUCUUGGCAACUCACUACCAUGAUGCUUUGACUUGCCCUGUCGUUCAUCCAUCGAGAUUAAAAUUGGCACACAUGCAGGUAGUACCUAGAGAUUCUACAGAGGAUCCACUGGGAUGUUUGACAUAUCUAUUCUCUUUGCAGACUGGUCCAUGUACAUUGAGCUUUGGCACGUACUGUGCUUCAGUUAAUGGUAUGCCCAACGCUGUUGUUGAGCGUAGUCGCCAGAUUUUCAGUCAAUUAAGUGCAAACCGGCCAGCCAGCAGUUUGGACUUGUCUAUGACUGAGGAAUAUGAAUGCCGACUCAAAGUUGCCGAGACCGUGGCGAGGCAAUUUUUGGCAAUCAACUUCGAUUUGGAGAGUAUUUUAGUGGUAGACGAUUUGUCAAGGUUUUGGGAGAUUUUGACGUAA